AUGUGUACCUCACAAAAUAUCAUAGCCGUCCUGUGGUGGCGGAUGUCUGCGGUUCCAUGUUGUCGCUCAAAUCGUCCCCACAUUCUCUUCCUCUUCUGUUUCGCCUUCAUUGUCGUCUUCAGUGUCGUCUUCCGUUCAUCUGCUCCCCUGGAACCACUACGAAUCAUUUGUCUUUUAGCUCCUUAA